AGGCAGUACGGCCCAAAACACCACCUGUCGUAAUCAAACCUCAGCUUAAAACUCAAGAGGAUGAGGAGGAAAUUUCUACUAGCCCAGGUGUUUCCGAGUUUGUCAGUGAUGCCUUCGAUACCUGUAACUUAAAUCAGGAAGAUUUAAGGAAAGAAAUGGAGCAACUCGUGCUUGACAAAAAGGAAAAGGAAACAGCUAUACUAGAAGAGGAUUCUGCUGACUGGGAAAGGGAGCUGCAACAGGAGCUUCAGGAAUAUGAAGUGGUUACAGAGUCCGAGAAACGGGAUGAAAAUUGGGAUAAAGAAAUAGAGAAGAUGCUCCAGGAGGAAAAUUAGCUGUCUACCAGAGUAUUCCUUAACACUCUGCAAACAGCCAUCAAAUACUAGAUAUUCACACUCACUGAGUCAGAAGGCACAACAAUCUAACUUUAUGCAAUUUAAAAUCAAUCUUUUCUUCAAGCUGAAGCUUGCCUCUUGUACCUGAGAAAAUGUAUAGAACAGUUAUUCUAAUAAUCAAGAAAAGGGAUGUUUUAUGUAACAUUUCUUUCAUCUAAAUCAAAUUAGAGGUGUUCUUAUAGCCAGUAUAGAUAUCUUUACCAUAGAAACACAGGUAAAAUUUUGGAGUUAUGUUUUUCACAAGGUCAAAAUAUAAUUUAUUCUUCAGUCAUGAUUUUCUAAACAUGCAUAUCCUCAUUACAUUUUUGUUCAUGCAUAGAUGUUAAAGUACUCAAUGGAUUAAUUACUAUCAGAAUGACUAAUUUAUACCAAAGAACUUCAGAAGAAGCACUUUCAGAACGAUUUUCUUGCUGGGUAUUUUCUAAAAUUCCAUCUGAAAGCUAAAAGGAAAAAUAUUAAGCUGAUUUAAUGAUGUAAACAUCACCCAGUUUGACAUUAAGAAAUACUGUGCAGGUCUGUGGUUGUAACCUAGCAUGCACAUGGCCCCAGAUACCAUCCCCAGCACUAAAAAAAGAGAAAAAGAUACUGUGGAAAAUAUUUGGUUAGCUAGGCACUGAGGUUCACGCCUGUAAUCCUAGCUACUCUGGAGACCAGAGAUCAGGAGGAUCUCGGUUCAAAGCCAGCCUGGGGCAAAUAGUUCUUGAGAACCUAU